AUGGUGGCCGAGGCUCAUGACAUCGAGCCGGAAGGCUUCAAAGCUGGAGAGCUGCCGCAACACCUCCAGACAGUGCAGAGCCUGGAGUUCCGAUCUGUCAGCUUCAGCUAUCCCACGAACCCGGAGAAACGUAUCCUGGACCAACUCUCCUUCCAGGUGGUGAAGGGGCAAAAGGUUGCCUUCGUGGGGGAGAGUGGCUGUGGGAGACGGAGCUGCAAGCUUACGGCAUGGUGGUACGUUCUGAGGACCGUAAAGGUGUUUGGCAACAGCCGUACCCCGGGCAUGAGCGCACUGAAGAGCACCACAAUCCAGCUUCUGGAGCGGUUCUACGAUCCAGAUAAGGGGGAAAUCCUGGUCAAUGGCAUCUCGCUGCGUAGUCUGCCAGUGCGUGCUUGGCGGAGGUUGAUCGGCUACGUUGGUCAGGAGCCGGUCCUAUUCGCUGCCUCUGCCAUGAAGAACUUGAAGGCAGGAGACGGUUCGAUCACUGACGAGGAGGCCAUCGAGGCGGCACGCAGCGCGCAGAUCCUAGACAGGCUGACCCGACUGCCCAAGGGACUGGACACUCUAGUGACAGGAGGAAAUUUUUCCGGCGGCGAAAAGCAACGCGUGGCUAUUGCUCGAGCAUUGGCACGAAGGCCGCAGAUAUUGCUGCUGGACGAGGCCACCUCCGCUUUGGACAACGAGUCCGAGCGCAUGGUGCAGGCCACGCUUGACUCCCUGGACGUCACAUACGGCCAAACAAUCACAACCAUCUCCAUUGCCCACCGGCUGACAUCCAUUGUCUCCUCCGACGCCAUCUAUGAGGGCCGCGUCGCAGAGAAAGGCACCCACUCAGAGCUGAUGGCCCUAGAGGGCCAGUACUAUGCCAUGGCGUCGCUGCAGAAGGGUGCCCCACCGCCAGCGCCGCGGCGGCCGGUUUUGAAGCGCCAAGGCUCACAGGUUGGUGGCAGUUCCGUGUCUCUCUCCGCCGCCCUCCAGCGCACGAGCACGGUGGGCUAUCUUCGAAGCAUGUCGCGGCAGUCCUUUGUUGGUGCCAUGGCGGGAGAUCCCAUCACAAACAGCUUCAUCGCGGAGGCAGCGCAUGAACCUGACGAGGAGAUCCCUGUUGCUCCCGCCGUCAUGCCUAGGCUCUGCCAUGUUUCUCGACCUUUCUGGACUGUCUUGCCAUUCGCUUUCCUGAUCAUCAUUAUCGAGGCCGUCGCUGCUCCGUUUCAGGCCCUCCUCUUCACCGAAGCAAUGAAAAGCUAUUACGAGAAAUCGGUUUCCGUCAUGCUCUUCAAGCUUGACCGAGCCUGCUUCGGCCUUGCUCUCUUGGGCAUCGUCAUGGGUGGGAGCGUGAUGAUCAUGAACAGCAUCUUCACCUUCCUGCAGGAGAGCAUCAGCCUUCAGCUCAGAAAGUUGGCGUUUGGCAGCGUCAUCCGCAUGCACAUGGCCUUCUUCGAUUCGCCGGAGAACCAAACAUCCGAUCUGUUGGUGUCUUUGGAGAGGCACAUGAUCCGAGUGUCACAGAUGUUCGGCGUGAACUUGUCCAACACCGUCAUGGCCGUUCUUACUGCGGUCGUCUCGGUCUUGGUGAGCUUCCUUGGGUCCUGGUUCCUCGCUGCCAUACUCUUGGGCGUGUUGCCUAUCUGCGGCUUCCUCGCUAUGUCUGUGUCCGUCAUGGCACAGAAGCUCUCUCCGGGCGUGGAAGCGGCCUACGCCAUGUCCGGCUCGAGCAUUUCAGAAGCUGUCAUGUCCAUUCGGACAGUAAGGGCGCUGGGUGCCGAAGAGCACACGCUGGACAUUGUCUCCGGGCUGCUCCAGGUGAUGACGGACUACCACAAGGGCGCAGCCUGCAAGAAGGCCUUCGCUUUCGGCUUCAGCUCGGGCCUCGUGCAGCUGGUCUACUUGGUGGGCUUUUGGCUCAGUGCGAUCAUGAUCAGCAGCGGCAAGUUCAAUGCCGAGCAGGUGUUGUUGACCCUCUUCUGUGUGACCUUCGGCCUUCAAAGCGUCAGCAUGAUCGCCAUGUACCUGCCGGACUCGGCCUCAGGUGCUGUCGCAGCCGCAGAGGUCUUCCGGCUCGUCGACCUGCAGUCGAACAUCGACGCAGUGGAACCUGAAGGGCGGAUCAACAGCCUGGGAGACGGGACCAUUCGCUUCGAGGAUGUGGUGUUUUAUUAUCCUCACCGCUCCGAAGUCAUCGUGUUGAAUCGGCUGUCCCUCGAGAUUCGGCAAGGACAAAGGGUGGCCGUCGUCGGCUUCUCGGGAAGUGGCAAGUCCACUGUUAUCCAGCUCCUCCUGCGCUUCUAUGAUCCCCAGCGCGGUAGAGUCAGCAUUGGAGGCCAAAACCUGAUCCAGCUGGAUGUGGCUUGGUUUCGUCGUCAGGUAGCUCUGGUGGGUCAAGAGCCCAUACUUUUUAAUAUGUCUCUGGAGGACAACGUGAAGUACGGGCUCCCUGGUGCCAGCCAUGAAGAGGUGCUAAGCGCUGCCCGUGGUGCAAACAUGGACUAUGCGUUGGACGGCACGAAGCCCUGGUCUCAUCGCGUCGGCCUUGGCGGCGGGAAGCUGAGCGGAGGCCAGAAGCAACGCUGUGCCAUCGCACGGGCAUUGCUGCGCCAACCGAAGGUGCUGCUCUUGGACGAAGCCACCUCGGCGCUGGAUGCUAAAUCGGAGGUCCUGGUGCAGCAAUCCAUCCAGCAGAUCCAGGCCACCACCAUCACAGUCGCCCACCGCCUGUCCACCAUCCGGGACUCCGACAAGAUCUUCGUCCUUGCAGAGGGUCGGCUUGUUGAGCAAGGCACCUAUGCCCAACUCAUGGCCAUGCAAGGCAGCUUUGCCCAGCUGGCGGCCAGGAGCUUAUGA